ACUGUAAUCAUAUUAAAAGAAGCGGCUAGGGCUUUGACAGCUCCUUCCAAUUCCUUUGUGCUGCCUUUGCUUUUAGCCGCUUGGCUUUCUAGUUUGGAGCUGGGUGCUUAAAACUGAAUAAAAUAGAUCAAGUCCCGGAGUGGUGCCUAGGAUGCCAAAUAAGCUGAGCUACAGAUCUGCUGAGAGCCAUGGCUAUUUUUAUUAGAAGCUGAUACUUUAGUGUAGCUGUGAACACUGCCUUGGGAGAGGGUUAGUUUCUAGCAAAGGUGGGGAAGGCAAGGCAGGGCUUUGUAGAGAAAGUAGCUCAAAAGAAGAACCCAAAGAAAGUUAGAAGUGCAGAGGACGUCCCACCUUUUAAUACACCAUCUCCUGCGAGAGUCAACAUUGGCCCUGUCAGAUCCUCUGAGCUGCUAAUACAACGUGACCUUUUUUUCACAGUGCAUUUCUUACUAUCAGCAUUAUGACUGAGAUUGCAGCAGAAGGACCUGUGUCCACAACGACGGUCAUAGACAACAAGAAUGGAUCAGUUCCUGUGCCGCAUAUGAAAAUGUCCAAGAGAUCAGUAUCAGAAGAUUUUGCAACAACCUUCAGUUCACCUGCAGCAUGGCUCCUUGUAGUUGCUCUUAUCGUUACCUGGUCAGCAGUGGCUAUUGUCAUGUUCGACUUAGUGGAUUACAGAACCUUGGCAGGACAGUCCAUAAACAAACUUACCACGGAUCCAUUGAGAAUCAUGCAUGGUGCUGUGGAAGAGAGCACCAAUUCCAUUUAUGGUUUUCUUUCUUUACUGUCUGAUCUCAUAUUUGAAGAUGAAGAUGAGAAUGGAAAAGGUGAAGGAGAGCCAUCCCUGAAAGUAAAAGAAGAAAUUCAACCACCAGUCAAAAAGAAAGAAAUCCAGAUAGACAAGGCUGAAAAAAUAGAGAAAGUAGAAAAGAAGCCAACACCAAAAGAAAUUCAGAGAGACAAGGGAAAGGAAAGAGAAGAGAAAAUAGAAAAGAAACUACCGCUCAAAGAAAUUCACAAAGAGAAACCUGAGAAAUACGAGAAGCCUAAAAAAGUAGAGAAGACCAAAAAGCUUGAAAAAGUAGAAAAACCUCAAAAAAGGGAACUUACUAAAGUGAUACACAAAGAAAAACCUGAAAGACAUGAAAAAGUUGAAAAAAGGGAAAAACCUGAAAAGAAAAGCAAAUAUGAAGAACCUGGAAAGAUGGAAAAGAAAGAAAAAGCUACAGUAUCUUCCAAGGAGAAGACUGCAAAGCAAGAGAAAAAGAAAGCAACUCCUUCCCCAAAAGUAACAGAAAAAAUGAAAACUGAACAGCAAGAAAGGAUGGAAAAAAAAGUCAUCACAAAAGAUAAAAAGAGCAUCCAAGUUGAAGAAAAGAUAAAAAAAGAUGUGAAAGAAAAAAAACCCGAGGCCAAGGCACCUGAAAAACUAAAGACCAAGGAAAUCAAAGCAGCGGAAGUUACAUCACCAAAAGCCAAGGAAAAAAAGGAGACUGCCCUGGCAGUCAGAGAAAAAAUCGAUCAUGAAGAUCAAUUUGCAUUCUGUCGUUAUAUGAUUGACAUGUUUGCACACGGGAAUUUGUACACAGGAUCGUAUCCCCCCCUAUUUUUGGAACAGACCUCGGCAAUCACAGCUCUUCUCCCAGCUGCUGAAGUGGGAAAGCUGAACGUGACAGCUACAAAAAAAGUGGAAAAAGGAAAAAAAGUGGUUCAAGAAAAGAAAGCUAUUCCUCAAGUUAUAAGAAAAGAAGAAGAGAGGAAAAAAGUAACUGCUGAGAAGAAAGAUGUUCCUGAAAUUAAAAAGAAAGAAGUGGAAGAAGAAAAAAAGAGAAUCCAUGAGAAGAAAGAUGUUUCCGAUAUUCAAGCAAAAGGGAAAAAAGAAGAAAGAAGGAAAACUUUUGAGAGGACAGCACCCUCUGUAGUUAAAAAAGCAGACACAAAAGAAGCUGUUUCCAUCAAAGACCUAAAAAAGCCAGCAAAAACUCCUGCAUCCCCCCAGCCAGUUUCCAUAAAAGUGGCAACACCAGCAGACAAGCCAAAGAAGGCUGCGCAUGUGAAAGAAUCUGAAACACAUAAAAAAGAAAAGCCAAUAGAAAUAGCCAAAGUGCCAAAGAAACAUGUGCAUGUAAAGAAAUCUGAACCAGACAAGAAAGAAAAAUCAAUAGAAAUAGCCAAGCUGCCAAAGAAGGCUGUGUAUGCAAACAAAACUGAAGCAGACAAGAAAGAAAAGCCAAUAGAUAUAGCCAAGCUGCUAAAGAAAGCUCUGCGUGCAAACAAAACUGAAUCCCACAAGAAAGAAAAGCCAUUAAAAACAGUCAAAGUGCCAAAGAAAGAUGCGCAUGUAAACAAAACUGAAUCCCACAAGAAAGAAAAGCCAUUAAAAACAGCCAAGCUACCAAUGAAGGAUAUCCAUGUAAAAGAAUCUGAACCCCACAAGAAAGAAAAACCAAGAGAAACGGUCAAAGUGCCAAAGAAGGAUGUGCAUGUAAACAAAACUGAAUCCCACAAGAAAGAAAAACCACUAGAAACAGCCAGGCUACUGAUGAAGGAUAUCCAUAUAAAAGAAUCUGAACCCCACAGGAAAGAAAAACCAAGAGAAACGGUCAAAAUGCCAAAGAAAGAUAUGCAUGUAAACAAAACUGAACCCUACAAGAAAGAAAAACCACUAGAAACAGCCAGGCUACCGAUGAAGGAUAUCCAUAUAAAAGAAUCUGAACCCUACAAAAAAGAAAAGCUGAGAGAAAUGGUCAAAAUGCCAAAGAAGGAUGUGCAUAUAAACAAAACUGAAUCCCACAAGAAAGAAAAACCACUAGAAACAGCCAGGCUACCGAUGAAGGAUAUCCAUAUAAAAGAAUCUGAACCCCACAGGAAAGAAAAACCAAGAGAAACGGUCAAAAUGCCAAAGAAAGAUAUGCAUGUAAACAAAACUGAACCCCACAAAAAAGAAAAGCUGAGAGAAAUGGUCAAAGUGCCAAAAAAGGAUGUGCAUAUAAACAAAACUGAAUCCCACAAGAAAGAAAAACCACUAGAAACAGCCAGGCUACCGAUGAAGGAUAUCCAUAUAAAAGAAUCUGAACCCCACAGGAAAGAAAAACCAAGAGAAACGGUCAAAAUGCCAAAGAAAGAUAUGCAUGUAAACAAAACUGAACCCCACAAAAAAGAAAAGCUGAGAGAAAUGGUCAAAGUGCCAAAAAAGGAUGUGCAUAUAAACAAAACUGAGUCCCACAAGAAAGAAAAGCCAUUAGAAACAGCCAAGUUACCGAUGAAGGAUAUCCAUGUAAAAAAAUCUGAACCCUACAAGAAAGAAAAGCCAAGAGAAAUGGACCCACGUAAGAAAGAAAAAACAGUAGAAAUAGAAACACAUAAGAAAGAAAAGCAAAUAGACAUAGCAAAGCUACCAAAAAAGGAUGUGCAUGUGAAAGAAACUGCGCCCCAGCCCAAAAAGGAUAUCCAUAUUCAAGAAUCUGAAUCACAUAAAAAAGAAAAGCCAAUAGAAAUAGCCAAAAUGCCAAAGAAACAUGUGCAUGUAAAAGAAUCUGAAGCAGACAAGAAAGAAAAACCAACAGAAAUAGCUAAGCUGCCAAAGAAGGCUGUACAUGCAAACAAAACUGAAACACAUAAGAAAGAAAAGCCAACAGAAACUGCCAAGCUGCCAAAGAGUGAUGUGCACUUAAAAGAAACUGAAUCACUCAAGAAAGGAAAGAUGGCAGAAACGGCCAAGCUGCCAAAGAAGGAUAUUCAUGUAAAAGAAUCUGAACCCCACAAGAAAGAAAAGCCAAGAGAAAUGGCCAAAGUGUCAAAGAAAGAUGUACCUGUAAAUAAAACCGACGCAAAUAAGAAAGGGAAACCAACAGAAACAGCCAAACUGCCAAAGAAGGCUGCGCAUGCAAACCAAACAGUAACACAUAAGAAAGAAAAGCCAAUAGAUAUAGCCAAACUGCUAAAGAAGGAUAUCCAUGUAAAAGAAUCGGAAGCAGACAAGAAAGAAAAGCCAACUGAAAUAGCCAAGCUGUCCAAAAAGCCUGUGCAAGCAAGCAAAACUGAAACACACAAGAAGGAAAAGCCAGUAGAAAUUGCCAAGCUACCAAAGAAGGAUAUUCUUGUAAAAGAAACUGAAGCAGAUAAGAAAGAAAAGUCAAUACAAAUAGCCAAGCUGCCUAAGAAGGAUGUGCAUAUAAAGGAAUCUGAACUGCAUAAGAAAGAAAAGACAAUGGAAACAGCUGUUGGAGGAACUCACAAGCCAAAAGCUUUACAAGAAAAGAAAGAAGAAAGACCUAGCAAGGCAGCAGAACAAGAUAAAUCAGACUCCAAAGAAUCGAGUAAAGUGUUUCACAAGCUUGAGAAAGAAAAAUUAAUGAAGAUCACAGAAACCCAGAAGAAAAGGGAUAUCUCAAAAGAAAAAGUAAAGCCUCCUAUUGCUGUCAAAGGAAAAGAGGCAGCAAAAUCAAAUGAUGCAAAGCUUCCCAUUGCCGAGAAAAAGAAAGAAGCUGACAUUAAAAAGGGGGAAAGCCCAGCUAAAACAGCCUCCAGCGUGAUAAAACAAACCAAGAACAUUUCUCAUCCUGCCAUUACAGGCAAGGAGGCAGAACAUAAACCACCAAAACAAAAAGUUCUUGGGCACGAAAAAGGAGCUCAUCCAGCAAAACCAGAAAGACCCGAAAAAGCAACAGCUGAACUCAAAGUUGCAGAUGAGAAAAAAACAGAAAAAUCUUUGAGAGAAAAGAAGGAAAAAUAUGGAAAAACAGUUGAAAAGACACUCUUGAAAGUAAAACAUGACAAAGUUCCUGCAGAAAAAGCAGCCCAUUUUUAUUACAAUAUGACUACAGAAAAAAUUUCAAAAGCUGCAAAACCAGGAACUGCUGUUCGCUACUAUCAAUGUGUCUUUGUAAAUGGAAUUAAUGGUUACACACCUCGACAUUCUGUUACUCAAGAAAAACCUGCUGAUCCCAAGUUGAAGGCACGGAAACAGUAAUGUCCUGCAACCUGUGACAUUGCAACAAUUUUGCACUUUGCACCCACUUCAGGGGGUCAUCUGGAAGUCCACUUGGCACCUGUGACAAUGGAAGUAUGAUCUGACUGAUCACAUGCAUCUGUAAAGGUUGUCUAUUGGUUGUUAGAGCACCAGAGACAAUUUGAUGGCAUUAUGUGAUUAAGGAUAUCCAUGCUACUUCCCUGAAUGAAAGCAUGGUGCUGAAACAGUACUUGACAGUAAGUUCUGUGUGCUGGUGUAGGUGUAUGUAUAUUCAUAUCUUCCGUCAAAGUCUGUUUCUAGUUUCUGUUUUAGACCUAGCUAGUAUGGAAAACAUUUUCCAUGGUAUCAGUUUUGGAAAAUGUUGAAACGGAAUUAGUCAGUUGCAGUACAGUUUGCAAUCUAGUGCUAAAUGAAAUCACAAGUCAGUCCAUGCUAAAUUUUUAAGUACCGUAUAUACUCGAGUAUAAGCCGAGUUUUUCAGCACGUUUUUUGUGCUGAAAAACGUCCCCUCGGCUUAUACUCGGGUCUAUACGGCUUAUACUCGAGUUUUUUUUUUUUUAAGCCCCUCGGCUUAUACUCGAGUAUAUACGGCUUAUACUCGAGUUUUUUUUUUUCUUCUUUUUUUCACAUUUUACCGGACGGCGCGGGGAAGCCCUGCCGGUGCAGUGAGAGGGCGGGGCGGAGGAGCCGCCAGCCUUCUCAGCUGAGGGAGGGAGGGUUUCCCCAACCGGUAGGUGCCUCAUUUCCCACCCUCGGCUUAUACUCGAGUCCCCAGUUUACCCCAGUUUUUGGGGUAAAAUUGGGGACCUCGGCUUAUACUCGGAUCGGCUUAUAUUCGAGUAUAUACGGUAAUCAGACUCCAAUAAUAAAAUGUAUGUUUGACAUAUGAUUUUUUUUUUGUAAAAGCAAGCAAUAAAAUGUUUGCUAUUUACACAUUUGAGUGAUAUUUGAAUUAAGAAUAUCAAUUUCUCUUUACUUACUAUUUGAAAUAACAGACUGAUAUCUCAACAUCAAAAGAAAAAAUAUAAUGCUUCCAGUGAAAAUAUCUAAAGAUGUUAUUCUGGCUGCCUAUUAAAAUAGGUUUUGCUUUGUAAAUAAUACUGUAUCUUUGUAAGUAGUUGUUCCUAAUUUCUAUUAAAUGUAUUUUGUGUAAAUAAUUUUAUACUUGUUUGCAAUGUCAAACUGAACAAAUUAUGUAUUGUUUUUACACAAAUUGUGUAAAGACAACUCUUUACACAAAAAUUACAUCCGAAGUCUUUAACUGAAUCAAUUUCAUAGGUUUCUAAAGGGAGACUAUUGUUGAAAUGUUGAUAUUUAUUUUGAAGAGACAGUACAGGGUUUAUGAAACUACGCCUAAAGAGGUUGAAGCAAUUCAUGACAAUGUUUGGUUUUCCCUCUCUGUCUCUCUCUUUACAUAUUUCAUCUUUUCAUGUCUUGGUCAUACUAAAAUAGGACUGGAAUUUAAUGCUACCCAGGCAAUUUCCAUUACUGUAUUUGCAACCUGAUCUAAUAUGGUUCUCCCAUUGUGAAAGUAAUUUAUUGGGAGAAAAACAAAUACAGAUAAAUGAAAUACUUGAUUACUACCAGCUGUGGAAAUGUAAGGUUUGUUCUGUAUUAGACUGAAGGCUAAAUCACAGACAAGUGAUUUAGGAUCAUUAUGUCAGAAAUAAAAGAUUGUACUACUUAAAGAAUGUACUUUGGAAGUACAGGCUUAUCCCGCUGCUGGAUGAGCAAAAUGAGGAGGCGCGUCAACAAAGCAGAGAAUUAAAGACUAGACUGUAGUCUUUAUGAAAUAUUUUUUGAUAUGUCACAAGGUAUAUGCAUUGAUUCAAAGAUUGGUAUUAUUAAUAUUGUAUCAUGAUUGAUGAAAGCACUCAAACUUUUUAUAAAUGAUGAUACCUCAUAAGUGACAUGAAUACAUUUAAAUGUUGUACUUGAUUAUAUGGUAGAAUUGUAGAGUUGGCAUAGCAUUAAUGUCACCAACUCAACCAUAUCAAGAAUUAUGAUCCACCAUGAGUGCAGAAGUGUAGAAGUUUUGAAUGUAACUUUGAUAUCUGCCUCUUUUAGAUGGUUCAUAUCUACCUCUGAUCUUCCCAAAACAGAAACUUUAGGGUUCUGUUCACUUUUCUUAGAAUUCAUUUAUUUUGCUAUUUGUAGCAUAGUUUCAGUAGCUUUCCAAAGACCUGCUGAUUUAAAUGGGUGUUUUUAGUCAAAUCGCACAAGGUUUCUCUUAGAGUUUUAUUGAAAUAUUGCUAAUUGUAGGUAACCUUAUUUAGAUUAUUAAAAGCUGUUUAACUGAGAUUUAUUGAAGCAUAUCCCAAUUCCCUAUAACUGAUUCAAGUGCAAUAGCAUAUUUGAAAAGACAUUUCCCUUUAGAUAUCCAGCUGACUCAGAGAAAUUCAAAAUAUAAAAUCUCACAUAAUGGUCAAUGAUUCCAAAAGCAUUAAUCAUUUGCUUAAAACACAAGUUUCUUAUUGCAUCCAUCCAGACAUCAGAUUAAUAAAAAAUCCUGCUAUUAUUUGAAUUACAUUUUUUUAUCCAUGUUUUAACUGUUGAUUUGCAAAACAAAAUGGUCAAAGGGUAUCAUGGUAGGUGCAGCUCAGUUUGAUUAUUUGACAGGGCAAUGAUCCAUGAUAUUUUUAUUUAUCUUGGUAUUUUAUUUAAUACCAAGAUAAGUUCAUUGAAUAGGUCGCCACAAAUUCACUUAAAAUCCUAAACUAAAAUACUUUUUCAUGUUCUAAUCCUUAAUAAUGCUUUCAGUGAGAUUUCUCAAGACUGAGAACAUUUGUUUACUUGGCUUCCACAUUAAGGUAUGAUGUUAAUAGACAAAGUCUUCAUCACAAAAGCAGAGGCCCCAUUGUGCUGUUGUGCAUGUAUUUCUAACAACAGAUAGAGAUGAGAAAUACAACAUUUCAUGAUAUAGCAGACAAAAUAAUCCUAUGGCAGCAUAGAUAGUAGGGACACUUCCUGCUGUAUAUCUUAUUGAUAAGGACAAUGGAAAAGAAAGAGGGACUUAUAUUUUUGUCUCUGUUUUUGAUUAUUCUUUUUUCACCUCCUUAAUUUUAUUUGGAAUGGAAAUUAUGCCAGUUCCUGGGCUAGCAUAUUUCCUUUCCGUUUUGUGGAUAUAUUGGGAAUGGAAAUUAUGCCAUUAUUUUAAUUAUGGGAGUUUGAACUGAUAGCACUAGAUGUGGCCAUGGCAUCUUCUCUUUUUUUGGCUGAACUUUCCUUUUUCAUUAGUUAAGACAGCCACAAAGGCAGAAGUGUAUACUCUCACACAAUGAGGUUCCUCAAUGAAAAUCCUCAUUGGCCUCUUUCUCUACGGAGGACCAUCUCUUUUUCCACCCACUGGGAGGAAGGCCUGCAAUAAGGAUACCACUCCAGAAACUGUAGUACUGUUUAUUGUAAGUACAGUGUCAGCUAAGUUAAACAAUUAUUGCUACGCUCACUUUCCUACAUCCACACUACUUAGUUCUUCAUGAUAACUAUACUAUUUCUAUAUAUUUAAACUCAAGCGCAGGCCCUUUUCACAGUAGAAAUCAGGGAGUGAAUAUAUGACAUCCAUAAUUUCUGGUUCCAUUUCAUUUAAGAAAAGUAAGAAAAAAAACACACACUGGCUAAAUUAUUCUUGUAUCCCUUAGUUUUGAAAAUAACAAUCUCUAACAGUAGUUUGCCAAGCUAUCCACUGCCUUAAAUGCAGCAGAUGUCUCCCAAUUGUCAAAAUAAUAUACCAAUUUAUAAGCACUGAAAAUAAGACUAUCUCAAAGCAAAGAAAUAAAUAAUGCUUUGUACAAAAUUGUUUUUAAAGACAUCCAGAUAGAUUCAUGUCUUUGCAAAGUCAGUAGAGGUGUAUUUUGAAGGUAAGAUCAAAAAGGGCUGAGAAUGAUUAGAAUUAACGCAGGCAAGGUCUUGUUUUAAACAAGAAGGGAAUGAAAUAUUUUAAUGGAUGCAAAAAGAAAAGGUAAACAUAACAUAAACAUAAGAACGGCAAAAUGAAGAGGUAUAUCACCACUUUGAAUGGAUGUAGUAGAAGGAAUGCUGAGGAAAUUUUUUAAAAGGUGAUGCAAAUCAAUGAGUACAACACAGAUGGGAAAAGAAACAUGGUAAAUAAAGAAAAAUGUUUGAUCUUCCAUUUUGAGAGAUAAACAUUAGAAAACAGAAAACUAAUGCAGGUUGUUUUCUACAAACUAGAGAAAGUACUUUAAAGGAGACUUAGCUGUAAAAUAGUCAGUGGUGUUUUGCAAUUACCAAAGUAGAUUUAUAUUUAAGAACACAGUGCAGCAUUUUGGAUAAAUGUGGCAGAGAAUUAGGUGAUGGAUUUGUUCCAAUUACUGUCAGACAUAACACUUUUCCCUUUUUAACAAUUGUGAGACAUAUACUGUAUUUGGUCAAUAAGAAGACUGAAAGGCCUGCACAUUUUCCACACAUUUAUCAUCAAUGUUCUCCCCUAUUCUCAGUACACAGUCAUGAGUUCCAAUCUCUCAUUUCUUAACCACACAAAGCAAGGGUAAGGCUAUGACUCAGUCGCAAUAGAAGAUACCUAUCUCUCUCAUUCCCUCUAAUCAUUGGUAUAGUGUCUUGAUAUAGGCCUAUCUAUAAAUACCAAGAAAGCAGAGAAUAAUCUUUGUUAUAAUCUAUAGCAGAGUAAACAAUAUUGUGCUCAUGGACCCUUCCUUGGUACCUUCUGGAUUCUAGGCUGCAGAUGAUGUUUUUUUCAUGUUUUUUUUUAAUUUAAAAAAAGGAUGAGGCUUGCCAUGUUACAAGCACCAGGUACUAACAUAUGGAUCAGUGGUGAAAUGUAAAAUUUGUUACUACCAGUUCUGUGAGUGUGGCUUGGUGGGGGGGGUAAUGUGACUGGGUAUGACUCAGCCAAAGAGGUUGUAGAAAAAAUGCUUUUAAAGGGCUCUGAUGAUCCCAACUGAGCCGCACGAUCAUCAGAGGCUUUUUUUUAUUUUUAAAAGCAUUUUUUUCAGCCAAAGGAAAAAUGCUUUUAAAAGUAAAAAAAAAAACCCUCUGAUGAUCGCAUGGCUCAGCUGGGCAUGUGGGGGGGGGGCAGGGAUUUUUGCUACUGGUUCUCCGAAUCACCCGCCAUCGCUACUAGAUCGGGCGAUCCAGUCCGAACCGGGAGCAUUUCACCCCUGAUAUGGAUCUUGUAGAUCACGGGUGUCAAACUCACAGCAUCACGUUGCCGUCACAUGACGUAUCAUGACGAUUUUUCCCUUUGCAGAUCUGGGGUGGGCGUGGUCUGCACGUGACACAUCCGGCCCACAGGCUGCCAGUUUGACACCUCUGCUGUAGAUAGUCUUAGAAAAUAAAAAUGCUAGGUAGCUACAGCUUAGCACUUGGUUUGGAAAUACAUUCACCUUUCCAGAAAAAAUAUAGAGAAAAUGACAGAGGGUGGGGGGAGAGAGAAAGGGACAGUGUUAAGGGUAAUCUGGGUUCACAACCAAGGUUGUGGACUGUUGAGCAGAGUACCCUACGCAUGAAAAUGACUGAGACUGGUUGUAUACAAUAACAGUCACUUGCAGACAAACUGGGGUUUGAUAUUCCUUUACUUUUAGGAAAAAGGCAAAGACAUAGUCCAAAAACAAUUCCAGAUCAUACACAUAUAAAGCCAGUCAGGGAUGUUACAAAUAUCAAGUCUUCUUACCAACGUAGACUUGCACAACAAACAAGGUCUUCUUUCAGUUCAGCAAAACACAGUUCAAUUCACAACAGUCAGUAUCUUGAGGAAUCAAUAACUAGCCAUGAUCAAGCAAUGAUCAUAAAGCUCAAAUAUAUAGUUGCAGCAUGUCAUCAGGUUACAAUGCUGUAGUGUCCCUGUAGAUUCCCCACAAGCCAUAAUUUAGUAGUUCUUUUAUACAUUGGCUACAGAGCUCAACCAAUCAGGAUGCUUGCAUGAUGCAGCACAGCCUUAAAGCAAUAUCAUGCCUUUUACAAACAUACAUAGUUAGUUUAUAUAUUGCCUGGCCAACUAGUUAGGCAAAUAACAAUUUCCUGACACAGAGCAAACUAGAGGUAAUCACAAAUGAGAUGAAUUUUAUGACCGGUUGUAGUGACUAUGACAGUCAUUUGUCAAAUAGAGUAGUCUAUAUGGCAGCCAUCUGUAAGAACGUUCAGUAUGCCAAAAUGAUAGCCUACUUCUGAGCCACUCCAUGAGUGUAGGUAGUCUGGAUUUAUAACUUUAUACAAAAAUAUGUAUCUCACCAUACUGACAACUUUAUAAAAUGGAAAAGAGAAGUGAGAAAAGUUGUGUAGUCUGAGAAUGUGGUAAUUGGUUGUGAAUUUCUCCAAAAUUGAUAGAACUGCACAAAAAGGGUUUUAUGAUUUCCUGAAGGAAGAGCACUGAUCUGAAAAAUAUAUUGUUUAGAAUAUAUUUUAGGCUUUGGUCCUACAGACUUUUAAUCUAUAGGGUUAUUGAAAUUAAGAAAUAGUUGGAGCUCUACCAGUGAUGACUUGCCCUGACUUAGCAGGAGAUGCUUAUACAGUAGAAAGUUAUUUAGACUAUUAAGAAAUAUUCUUUUAUUUCACAAUUAUAUUUGACUGCUAUGUUAAAAUAUUGGCACUUAUUCAAAAUUAAAUAAAGGUUUUAAAAUAAGCAACAAAAAAGAAUGCCAAGGAAAGGAAUAUUUUGAUUUUAUAUUUAUGUCUUUAUGUCUUCAUUUGCAUUUUAAUUUUGUACAUACUUUAGCAACACUACAAAUGUUUUCCUUUCAAAAAUUAUUUCAUUUUUUUGGUCUCCAAGUGACAUCCUAUAUAGAAAAUGUUUUAUCAUGAAGACACUGCAUUGACUACAGAUUGUAAUUAUUUAUGUAAUACUUCUAAACAUAGAAAGAAAAAUUGUUGAAUAGCUGAAUUGAGAUGCACAUUUGAAGCCC